AAACUUCCUAGAAAUUUCCUCCAUCUUCCUUUAUAUCCUUCACCUCUUCUUACCUCACUCCACACUUCACAAAUCACUCAAACACUGCAUCUGGGUUUCAAUUAGUUUGGGGGAAAAGGAAAACUCAAAUUUGUGAUCUUUUUCAUCUGGGUUUCAAUUAGUUUCAAGUAGAAAACAUAAGUUUAUUAUCUUUUUGAUCUGGGUUUCAGUUUUUUGUGUGGAAAAACCUCGAGUUCAAUCUUUUUUCCAUUUGGGUAUCAAUAAAGUUUCAAUCUUUAACCAUGGAGAACAACAAUCAGUCAUCGUUCUGGCAGUUUAGCGACCAGCUUCGUGUUCAGAGCAAUAAUCUUUCAAAUCUCUCUCUGAAUGACUCCAUCUGGAGCAGUUCCUAUGUGUCCAAACGGCCGGAAAAAGAUCGCCGGAAUUUCGACAUCCGUGUCGGCAGGGAUGUCAUCAACCCCAGCACCGGCAGCAACAACAUUUCCGGCCCAUCAAAAUCAGACUUCAAUGGGUUCAACUUUGAUUGGAAGAUCGGAUCCUCUGGUGUCAUCGGAUCCACCAAUCAGAACCCACUUGGCGAUUUUGGGAUCAAUGGAGGGCUUAAUAAAGGAAUUUAUUCAAAACCCAGUUUGAAUCUUAACCAGAAUUUCAAUCAGAACAGUAACGGUAGAGUUGUGAAUGGGAAAAGUGGAGGUGGAGAUGAUAAACAGUACAGUUAUGGAAGUAAGCAUGGGAAGAACAAAAAGAAUCAUGGUAACAACAACAACAACAACAACAACAACAACAACGUUAAUAACAGCGAUAAAGAUGGUGGUAAGAACAGUGUGGAUAAGAGGUUCAAGACUCUGCCACCAUCGGAAUCUUUGCCGAGAAAUGAAACCGUCGGCGGCUACAUUUUUGUCUGCAACAAUGACACCAUGCAAGAGAAUCUCAAGAGACAGCUAUUUGGUUUACCACCACGUUAUCGCGACUCAGUGAGGCAAAUCACACCUGGUUUGCCCCUUUUCCUCUACAAUUAUUCCACCCACCAACUUCAUGGAGUUUUUGAGGCUGCAAGCUUUGGGGGUACAAAUAUCGAUCCAUCUGCUUGGGAAGACAUGAAAAACCAAGGCGAAUCUCGGUUCCCGGCUCAGGUGCGAGUGAUGACAAGGAACGUUUAUGAGCCAUUAGAGGAGGAUUCAUUCAGGCCGAUUCUUCACCAUUACGAUGGCCCUAAGUUCCGCCUUGAACUCAACAUUCCAGAGGCUAUCUCACUUUUGGACAUAUUUGAAGAGAAGAAAAACUGAGUGGGUGAAUCGAUUCGCUUGGUGCCCCUCGAAAAACAUACACAAAAUGUUGCGUAGGAGAUAUUAUAGGAGGAGGGUGUUCUUUUUCUGUUCAUGACUCGGUUUUUGAAAAAAGAGGAGGGUAGAAGGAUAUAUAGUUUUAUACAUACACACACACACAUAUAUAUAUAUAUGUAUCUAUAUAUAUAUGUAUGUAUCUAUAUAUGGGUGCUUAUAUUGAGCUGAAAACAAAUUAAAGUGGAGGUUGGCUGCUUGAGUUACGUUGUAAAUAUGCUACACAUGGAAUAAACAAACUCUUGUUUAA